CCAUUGAUUCAGAAUUACAUCGGAAUUUAUUUGUAGCAUUAGUGCUGAUCAUUUAUGACUACUAUUUUGAAGUCUGUGGCUAUGCUAUGCUAUUUUAGUGUGUUGCUAUUUUCAGUCCAGCAAGUAGCUGUGAGACUGCAGCGUGUGCAGACUUCUGUUUACAAGUCAAAUCCAAACAGAAACACUAACUGACUUGAAGUCAGUAACUUUUUAGUUCAUGAACAGAGUAAUCUGGGUACGAACAGGCAGGAGAGAGGUGUUAUGGGGCCCCCUUGCAAUUUGGGUCAAAGCAGGGACGCAAGUGAAGAACACGUAGAAGAAUCCACUGGGAUUCUGAGAGUACGGGUUGAAGAGAGCGUUUUCACCGUAGACAGGGCCGUCCUGGGGCAGAACUGUGAGUAUUUCCGUGCUCUCUUCCGCUCUGGGAUGAAGGACAGUCAGCUGAACGAGUUCCACCUGCAGGGAGGCUUGAAAGCCAGGGGUUUCCUCAUCGCCAUGGCAGUUUCCAGGGGUGAGUGCCCUACUAUAGGAGACCCAGACGAGAUUGUGGAGGCUGCCAAGUGUGCGGCCUUCCUCCAAGUCGACGUCCUGGUCCAACACUUAAUAGACCUUCUAGAUACCGACAACUGCAUUCUCUUGUACCACACAGCAGCGGUGUACGGCUUGUGGAGGUUGUUUCACAGCGCUGCAGUGUUCAUUCGUGAUGCUUAUAGUGACGUGCAAGAUGCUCUCGACGCACUUCCAGAAGAGCUGAUCUGCUACGUUGAGUCGCUUUCACCAGCAUAGUUUGUCGCUCUAGGGACUCAUUCGCCAUUCAUGAAGAUUCUGCAGGACUGCUACAGGACGGUGUUUUACCUCGAUGAGAAACCGGGUGCUUGGAAAUAUCUGACUGAUCUACCAACAGACGCCAGCACCUCUAUGGCCGGGGUGGCUGUUGUGGAGAACCGACUGUAUAUCGUUGGAGGAGUGCGAGGAGUUAGUAAGGAGACUGUAGAUCUGAGCUUCUGUUAUGACACAGAUUCCAACACUUGGGAUGCGUUUGAUGGUCCCCAGCAGUCUAGGUAUAACUUUACCCUGGUGGGUCACAACGGACAUUUGUACGCCAUCGGAGGUGAAUUUGACAAAAGGAUCAUGUCCUCGGUAGAAGUGUGUGAUGUUUCUACGGGCGCAUGGACAUUCUGCAAGCACGCACCUCGUUCGGUGGCUGCGGCGGCUAGUGCUGUUGCUAGGCGAAGGAUAUUUGUGUGUUUCUGGAAGCCACCGGAUACUACGGAUAUUUAUGAAUACGCACCUAAAAAUGACAAAUGGACACUGGUCACCACUAUGGUGAAGCCUCAGAGUUACGGGCACUGCAUGGUGGCUCAUGGCGACAACCUGUAUGUCAUGAGGAACGGCCCCUGUGAUGACUUCCUGCGCUGCCUCAUGGACUGCUACAACAUCACUACGGGUCAAUGGAUGGCCAUGCCAGGACACUACGUCAAUAGCAGGGGCGCCCUCUUCACGGCUAUGGUGAGGGCGGACUCUGCAUUCACCGUCAACCGCAAUUUAACCCUGGAAUAUGUAAUUUGCGGUGACAAGUGGAAGCCUCGUAGACAGAUGACGGGUUUUCCAAAAAUUGGCUCGCUUUGGACUUGCUUACUCAGACUGCCUAAGAGCACAGAUGCACAGCAGGAACGCGAAGCAGAGGAAGCCCUGGAGAUGGACGCAAAUGUGGAAUUUGUGGAAGAGGAUUCAGUAGAGGCUAAUUAUCCACCUUAGGGAUUGCAGAUCAAUCUAUUUCAUUUGCACUCAUAAUUAAAGGAACAGUAUAUUUCUUUCUUCGGUUGAAGACAAAAUAAAUAGAUUUAUAAAUAGAUAAAUAGAAAAUGCACAGUACAGUGUUUCCAAUAUUCUUCAAAAUAUCUCAGUUUGUGUAAAAAAAAAAAAGUCAUACAGGUUUAGAGCAACACACGAAUCUCCCUUUCAAUUAUUUAAACGCACAAAUGCAUCUAAUGUUCUAAACCGUAAAUGAAAGCAACUGUCUGUGUGCAUACUGUCGACGGCAACUGAGAGUCUAAUAAAUAAAUAAAUGUGAA